ACUCUGUUGUGAAAGACUCAAUAUUGAAAGCCCUUGUAGAUUUCCUUAAACCCUACUCACUGUGAAUUGUGAUAUUCAUUUGUUGUGCAAUCAAUCAUACCAAAAUAACCCAGUUGUAAAAUCAACAAUUAUACUUCAAAUGGCUCUUUCUGGGAGUGCAAAGCGUUCAAUCGGGAUUCUUUGCAGCAAAAAGAUGCAUUCUUUGAAUCAUAGAUUUUCAACCAUGGCUAUCACAGGAAGUUGUUCUCAUUCAAUCAUUGAUGAUCUUCAAUUUUCUGGAAUGUGUUUGAGGAGAUAUUCUGCUGCAUCAUCAUCAGAUCAGAUGAAUCUUAUCAAGCAACUCAGAGAAAGAACAUGUGCUCCCAUUAAACAUGUUAAAUCUGCUCUCGUUGAGUGCAAUUGGGAUAUUGAGGCGGCGCAGAAAGAGUUGAGGAGGAAAGGGGUUUACCUUGCAUCAAAGAAAUCAUCUCGAAUGGCGACGGAAGGUGUGCUUGCCUUAGCUCAGGAUGACACAAAUACUGCUGUUAUUGAGCUGAAUUGUGAGACUGAUUUUGUGGCGAGGAAUGACAUAUUUCAAUACAUGGCUAUAUCUUUAGCCAAGUCGGCAUUGGCUGCUAAUGGUUCUUCUCAGCAAGGGGGCGAAGCCCUACCAAUGACACCUGAGUAUUUGGAGAGCUUGAAGCUGAAUCUAGCUCAUCCAAAAUUAAGUGGAGAGAAGAGCGUGCAAGAAGCAGUCACCGAACUGGCAGCUAUGAUGGGAGAGAAUGUAAAACUAAGGAGGGGUUUUGCAAUGUCUAAAACUUCACCUGGUGUCAUUUCUACGUACCUCCAUUCAAGUCCUCAACCAGGCUUGGGUCGUAUUGCUGGAAUUUUAUCUUUAGAAGUGGAGGACCCAAAUGUUGACUCAACUUCCCUUCAGCGUGUUGGAUCAGAAUUAGCUAUGCAUGUGGUAGCAGCCAAACCCUUAUUUCUCUCAAAGGAAUUCGUUUCUUCUGAUGCCCUAGAAAAUGAACGGGAAAUUCUCAGAUCUCAGGCAGAAGCAUCCGGAAAACCAAAGAUGGCCAUAGAGAAGAUGGUAGAAGGACGUUUAAGGAAAUACAUGGAGGAAGUGGUUCUGAUGGAGCAAAAGUUUGUUGUUGAUGAUACAGUUAAUGUGACGAAAGUGUUGGAUAAUUUGAGCAAGGAAGUUGGCUCUACUGUAAAGAUUGGGAGCUUUUUCAGGGUGGAAGUCGGAGAAGGAAUCGAGAGGUCUGAGUCAAAUGAGUCGGAACCAGUGGCUCAGGCAGCUUAGAAGUUGGUUAUGGAGAAUGCCGUUUUCAUCGUUCAUAGUGUCAGCCAUACCAGUGCCCAGAGCAAUGGAAGAUUAGAGUUUUGUGGAAAAUUUUGUAUCAAUUUUCGAGCUAAUUUCCCAGUUAGUUAGUGCUAGUCCUAUUUUCAUUGUUGAAUAAAACAACCCUUGUGGAUUACUUACACAGUUAGUGAAUCCAUGAUGAGAAAGCCUACCAUAUUGAAGAGAACGUAAAAAGACAGUUGAUCUGA